AGCAACGACCACGGCAAGCAAAACGUCCCGGAGCUCGCGAGAUCUCGACGGCCGCAACCACACACACCAGCACGCCCAGACACGAGAGACCAGACCCACCCCGCUUCACCGAUCGCCGGCGGGAAAGCCAAAGCCCCGCGCGGCUCGCGCGAACCAGACGCGGCCACGGCACCACCGGCCGCCGCCGCGGCCAAGGGGAAAGGCUCCUCGACGUCACCGCCGUCGCCGCCGCCGAGGUCCUAUCGCGCCACCGCCGCCGUCGCGAUGGCCGCGUCCGUCCUCGCGCUCGCCGUGGCGCUGCUCCUCGGCGCCAGCUCCCGGGUCGACCACGGUGCGGCCGCCGCCCCCGUAUCGGAAGAGGGGCUCCAGGUGACCUACGGGAGCACGGUGAAGCUGAUGCACGAGAAGACCAAGGUGAGGCUUCACUCCCACGACGUGGCCUACGGCUCCGGCAGCGGCCAGCAGUCCGUCACCGGCUUCCCCGAGAUCGACGACUCCAAUAGCUACUGGAUUGUGAGACCUACUCUUGAUUCAUCAGCCAAACAAGGUGAGGCUAUUGAAACUGGUAGCAUCAUCAGGUUGCAACACAUGAGGACACGGAGAUGGUUACAUAGCCACUUGCAUGCUUCACCGUUAUCUGGUAACCUAGAGGUGAGCUGUUUUGGUGGUGAUGGACAAUCAGAUACCGGUGACUAUUGGAGGCUAGAAAUUGAGGGAAAGGACAAGGUAUGGAAGCGAGAUCAGAAGGUAAGAUUGCGUCAUGUUGACACGGGAGGCUAUCUGCACAGCCAUAACAAGAAGUAUAACAGGCUUGGUGGUGGGCAGCAAGAGGUCUGUGGUGUUCGAGACAAGCGAGCUGAGAAUAUUUGGUCGACAGCGGAGGGCGUUUAUCUCCCAGUCGAUGAAAGAAAGUGAACAUAGCAUCAGGAAUUUUGUUGACAUUUUCCAUUUUUUUAUCUGUUCGUGCUUUUAAAUUAAACAAGGGAUAUAGUACCCAGAACUAGAAUGAUUGUUAGCGCAGUAUUUUUCUAUUUGGAAACGACGAUUACAACUUAGUCGUACACCAUCCAUCACCACACACGCGGCUAACAUGGUGAGUGCGACUCUGUCAGCAUCAUCACCCUGAACUAACUUGGGCCUUGGAUGCUUGAACCCCUGGGACAGUAAAGACUUUGUGUGAGUA